AUGGAUGGCCGCUCUACCAAUGCUCUGACAACUCUGUGCUCCACGGUAGCGCAGCGGGCAAUUGCCAUCGUCCAUGAGGUGCAGCUCCUGACUGAGCCGCUGGGCGCAGGCCUGGACAGGCUCGAAGCGCUAUUGGAAUUGAAGAAUUCGCUGGAGGUGCUCAAGCGCCAGGCAUCUCAGCUGGAUGCUUCUCUCGCUGCCUCUACUGUCUCCAUGGCGGCACACGAGGCCUUCAAGCAGCACCUCACAAACUGCGAUAGAAUCAUGGCAGUCUUGUACAAGCAGGUACUGCGCCUGCAGGCAGACAACAUCGAGACCAUGAACAGUGAAUUUUUGGCAACGUAUGACCAGACUGUCAAAGCAAACAGCCAGCUUUUGACAGGCUUUCUUCAAGUUGUUGCAGCAGGAAAUGCACAGCAGCAAGAAGCCAGUCUCAGCCUGUUGCGCUCCAGCGGCAUCAUCACACAAGUCGAGCGCGCAUCAGAAGCAUCAACGGCGCAAAGAAGCAUCCUACUCGAUCCAAUUGAAUCGUCAUCCGCAUCAGGAAGCGGCAGCUCUUCCAAUCCGCCACCAGCCCAACCAGCCAGCGCAAUUGCCCAGCCUCCGCCUUAUACCGCCGAGAUCGAGCCACCGUCAUCAUCAUCCUCAAGUCCUGAGCCCGCAAAGCCAUCGUGGGGACAAUCCCUGAAAAACUCAUUCAAAGCUCUAGCCGUGGCUUUCAAGCCAAAGCCAGAGCCCUUUGUAACCGCGUUGUGUCAAGCCGCGACCAUUGGCGACAUUCAGCAGAUAGCAGGUUUCCUCACCCAAGGAGCAAACAUCAAUGGGCGCAACGAAAACAACAAGACUGCCCUGCAGUGCGCCAUCUUGAACGACCAAGAAGACGCUUCUCGCUUGCUUCUCGCAUCAGGAGCGAGCAUUUCUGGCUCCGGGUGGUCUGAUAUCCCGCCACUCUUCCUCGCAGCGUCUGUAGGCAGCCUCAACACUGCCAAGAUGCUCAUCGAAAAAGGAGCAAGCAUUGACGAAAAGUCCGAAUGGGGGGAGUCAUACUUUGUCGGCGUGGUUUCUUCCGGCGACAUGGAAGGCAUCCGCUUCCUUCUCAAGCAAGGCUGCAGCGCAAAAACAGAAAACAUCAGUGGCGAGGCGGUUAUUGUAAAGGCAGUGCAAGGAGGGAAUAUGAAGCUCGUGGAGCUGCUUUUGGAAUUCGGCGCCAGUCUCACCUCUACCGACCUUUCCGGUCGCAGCUUAUUAGCCGUGGCCCUCGACAAGAAGAAUCACGAAAUGGCAGAGCUGCUCCUGAAAAUGGAUGCCAAGUCCAACGACUCAACCAUCUAUGGUAACCCUUUGCUGGCCGACGAGAUAAGCAACCGAAGAAUCAAGACGGCCAAGAUGCUGCUUGACUGGGGCGCAGAUCCCAACACUACGAACUGGUACUCGCAGCCGGUCCUCCUCAUAGCCAUCAGAGACUCCAAAAUGUCACAAGAAGACAAGAUCGACAUUGUGCGCCACCUCCUUGCCAAGGGCGCAAAAGCAAACGUUUACGAUUCUUCCACCGAAGCACCCGCGAUCCGCUUCGCCAUGGAAUCAGGCCUCCCCGAGCUCGUCUCCCUCUUGUUGCGACACGGCGCCAAGACGACGGAUCAAAUGUCAAACGGCGACUCGCUCCUGAAAUACGCCAUCGACCAAGGUAGAAGAGACCUCGUGGAGACGCUGCUCCUCUACGGGGCCGAUCCAGAUUACACUCCUGCAAAGAAUGGCAUCAAGCCCGUUAAGCCGCUUGUCCAAGCGCUCGUGAAACAAGACUUUGAGAUGAUUCGCCUGCUUCGAGAGGCUGGCGCGGACACGAGCGUGCCAGAGGUGAGGGACGUGGCAAGGGCAUUGGGCAAGACUGAGGUUUAUGAAGCGCUUGGUAUUCGUCAUAUGCCACCUCCAGCAGAUGGAAGUCCUCCAACUUAUAACAUGGCAACGAAAAAUUAAUUGAAAGCAAAUUGGAGGAAGAACCGUAGCAUUUCGAACCAUGUAGCGUGUCGUUGUAUUUCUUGUUUCUUUAUAUCCAUGAAGGCGUAAUCUAUCAAAGGUACUUCAUGCAUCUAUAUACAAAAACAUAGUGUAUCUGCUUCUAAGAAAGCCAAUAAAUUGAGAACAAAACCAGUAUAAAAAAUGCAGCGCCAUCAAUUAUUUAACCCAUUUAAACACGCAAAACUUGCUUCAACCACCAUGCAUGAAUACGAGCAUCAUCCGUCAAUUCCGGGUGAAAGCUCGUCCCCAGAAUCGACCCUUGCCGAACCGCAAUGAUAUCCCCCGAAUCAUCCUUUGUCACAGCCUGCGAAACUCCAGACUUCAUCCUGUUGAUUCUUCCAGGUAGCUUGGCCAUGACUUCCACUUUGGGCCCUUGCUCGCUCUCGCCCUUGGAGAGAAUCUCCUCUACAACGGGGGCACGGAUAAAGACACCCGGAAACGGUGAAGGGUCUGCCUCGUCAGCGAGGAAGGGCAGCUGAAGCGGUGCCUCGAAGCUCUCAAUCUGGCGGCCAAAGUGGUUGCGGUGUACGCGGACAUUGAGGCCGCCAAUGAGUUCCU